UUCGCCCUUCGCCGUGCCGCUGCUCGCAGCUUCGUCGCUUCGCCCCUCAAGGCUCGCACAAUCGUCACAAAGGCACCUACUGCACUCCGUCAAUCACAGAAAUGGCAGAUGCCCGUCUUCCAAAGGCGGUUCGCCAGCGAUGAGGCAUCGCCUGUCCAGGAGAAGACUACUGGCGAAACUGUUCCCACGGAGCCCACCGAGACUGAGCAGGCCAUGAAAGAGGAGGCCGUCACAUCUGAAGCACAGGCAGAGCAGGAGCCCAACGUCGUCGAGAAGUCGGUCCCCGAAGCCGCUGAUGCUUCCGAACAGCCCUCGGUCGUCGAGCAAGUCAAGGAGAAGGUUCAGGAUGCCGCAUCAACCGUGAAAGACGCAGCUGUCGGUGUUCUCGGCAACAGUGCUCGCAAUGCAGCCCGUGGAACACACGCCGACCCCAAGCCCAGCAGAAUUCUCUACGUCGGCAACCUUUUCUUCGAAAUCAAGGGCCAGGACCUUGAGCGCGAGUUCGCCAGCUAUGGUGAAGUCGUCAAUGCGCGCGUGGCCGAGGAUGCACGUGGCCUGAGCAGAGGAUUCGGAUUUGUAGAGUUCAAGACUCUCCAGGACGCAGAGAGGGCACAGAAGGAGCUGAACAGGAAGACGCUCGGUGGGCGCAGCAUGGCUGUGCAGUUCCACCUCCGUCGCGAGCCCCGCAAUGAGGUGAUCAGAAAGGCGCAGGUCAACAAGCCCAGCAAGUGUCUGUUCAUCGGAAACAUGUCGUUCCAGAUGUCGGACAAGGAUCUCAACGACCUGUUCCGCAACAUCACCAACGUGCUCGAUGUCAGAGUCGCUGUCGACCGUCGCUCAGGCCAGCCCAGAGGUUUCUGCCACGCCGACUUCAUCGACAUCCCCAGCGCUCAGGCGGCCAAGGAGAUUCUCGACAACAAGGAGAUCUACGGCAGACAGCUGCGUGUCGACUUCAGCCGC